AUGGCCACUGCAAACUAUAGUCAUCAUUUUUCCCAUAGGAACAUUCCUUUUGGCAUUGCAUCGUCGCAGACCCAUAAGAAACCACAAGCUGUCUCAAGAUUGGGAAACACAAUAUUGUUUCUGCAUGACUUGCAUGUUCACGGACUGUUCAAGGAGUCCAAGAACAUUCCAGAGAAUGUCUUCAAUCAGCCAUCUCUGAACAGCUUUGCAGCUCUCUCGAAGAGUGAGCAUCGAUAUGUACGGGAAAAGAUUCAAGAGGUGUUUCGCCACCAAGGCCUUGAGGGAUUUCCUUCUGCCAGCAAAGAAGACGCGGAUGCCACUACGAUGCACUUACCCAUCGUGAUCAGGGAUUUUACAGACUUUUCAUGCUCGCUUCACCACGUCAUCAACGCGGGACGCAUAGUGGUUGGGAAUGCAAACCCACCUCCCAGCUUUUUCAAGUUUCCUAUCGGAUAUCAAGGUCGCACAAGCUCGAUUGUCGUUUCAGGAACUGACAUUGAGCGCCCGUAUGGGCACUUUCGCAGCCCUCCAUUCACAGAUCCCCAAAGUGAGAAAGCAAUCAUCUUUGGACCCUCGCAGAAGGUUGAUUACGAAGUUGAGCUGGCAGCAGUAAUUGGGGAGCCACUGCCGAUGAAGAAAAGACUCCAUGCGGAAGAUGCCGACAAGCAUAUCUUUGGAUUCGUGAUUCUCAAUGACUGGAGCUCCCGUGAUAUUCAAGGCUUUGAGAUGAACCCACUGGGUCCUUUCAAUGGCAAAAGCCUGGGCACUUCUAUCUCCCCGUGGAUUAUCACUCCCGACGCCUUAGAGCCUUUCAGAGCCAGUGUAGCUCCUCAACAAGCCUUAGGGCCUACAUAUCUUCAACAGUCCAAGCCAUCAACUUACGAUAUUCUUAUGACUGUUGAGAUCCUCGCAAAUUCAGACAAAACCACUGUUGGAGUUUGUCCCGUACAGUCCCUGUACUGGACCCCACAGCAAAUGAUCGCGCAUUCGGUUAGCUCAGGCAGUGCGCUCCGAACUGGAGAUAUUUUGGCGACAGGCACAGUUAGCGGUGAAUCUAAUCUGAACGGGGGCUGUUUGCUUGAGAGAACGGAAGGAGGCACAAAACCAGUGAUGUUGAGUGAUGGUUCAAAGCGUGGGUAUCUUGAGGAUGGUGAUGUUGUGCGAAUCACCGCGAUGGCAGGAGCAGCAAGCCUAGGUGUUGGCUUUGGUGAAUGCAUUGGUCGCUUAACACCAGCCCGGCCUUUUUAA